GCGACAGGCCUAGCCUAGGCCUAGUUGUUUCCCCUGAUAUAAAUGAAGUCGGAUGAUUUGACUCAGACACAACAGACGAAGAAGGUCUGACUGUUACGGUACGGGUAAAGUCCAUUCCAGUGUUCAAGAACUUUUGUUUCAUCUAUCCUGUGCUGUUUUGGGAUAAAGCAAAAUUGUUUCAAAAUGAAUAAAGAAAUCAGAGUUGAGAGUCCAAAUGUUGUCUACACUGAUGAGUACAUCGAAAGUGAUUACGAAUACACUACAACAAAAGUUCGCACAGAAGGAAACACUCUCAUAGCUACUCCUGAGACUACUCGCUAUGUGUUCCGCACUGAGAGGAAAGUACCCAAACUUGGUGUUAUGCUCGUUGGAUGGGGAGGCAACAAUGGGACAACAGUAACUGCUGCUGUUUUGGCCAACAAGCUUGGCAUAACUUGGAAUACAAAGGAAGGAGAGAGACAACCUGAUUACUUUGGUUCCCUCACUCAAGCCAGCACUGUUUCGUUGGGUGUAGGGCCCGAAGGAGAGGUUUUUGUUCCUAUGAAAACGUUGCUGCCCAUGGUGGAUGCAAAUGACAUUGAAUUUGAUGGGUGGGACAUUUCAUGUUUGAACCUUGGUGAUGCUAUGAGACGGGCACAAGUUCUAGAUUACGAUCUGCAGCGACAGUUGUAUCCCAUAAUGAGUAAACUUCAACCUCGGCCCUCAAUUUACUUUCCCGAUUUCAUAGCUGCAAACCAGAGAGAUCGUGCAGAUAAUCUGAAGUCUGGUACAAAGAAAGAAAUGAUUGAUCAGAUCCGAGCAGACAUUCAAGACUUUCGGAUGAAGAAAAAUGUUGACAAGGUUAUUGUGAUCUGGAGUGCUAACACUGAGCGAUUUUCUGAUGUCAGGGCUGGCUUGAAUGACACAGCUGAGAAUUUGCUCAACAGCAUUGAAAGAGGAGAAGAAGAAAUCUCUCAAAGUACUUUAUUUGCUGUUGCCUCUGUUUUAGAAGGAGUCACAUUCAUCAAUGGAUCGCCGCAGAAUGCUUUAGUACCAGGUGUUAUUGAACUUGCCGAGAAGAAGCAGGUGUAUCUUGGUGGAGAUGAUUUCAAAUCUGGACAAACGAAGCUGAAGUCUGUCCUAGUAGAUUUCCUUGUGAGCGCUGGCAUCAAACCGGUCUCCAUUGUCAGUUACAAUCAUCUAGGCAACAAUGAUGGACGCAACUUGUCAGCUCCACAGACUUUCCGCUCUAAAGAAAUAACAAAGACCAAUGUUGUGGAUGAUAUGGUGGCCUCCAACUCCAUUCUGUAUGAGCCUGGUGAGAAGCCGGAUCAUGCAGUGGUCAUCAAAUAUGUACCUUAUGUGGGCGACAGCAAGAGGGCCAUGGAUGAGUAUACCUCUGAGAUCAUGCUCGGAGGACGCAACACCAUUGCCAUUCACAACACAUGCGAGGACUCCCUGUUGGCCUCUCCUCUCAUCCUGGACCUGGCUAUCAUCGCUGAACUCUGUGAGCGCAUUCAGUUCCGGAAAGAGGGUGAAGAUGAGUUUCACAAAUUUAACACAGCUCUCUCAAUUCUGAGCAUUCUUUGCAAGGCUCCUCUCACUGCACGCGGCACCCCGAUCAUGAAUGCCUUCUUCAAGCAGAGAGCUUGCAUUGAUAACAUUUUCCGAGCUUGUAUCGGUCUGGCACCCCUCAAUCACAUGGGUCUGGAAUACAAACAGGACAAACUAGAUGAGUCAGUCCUCUUGCCUGAGUCAGUCUCUGUAGACAGCAGUCGUACUCACAGUAACGGAGCAGGCCAGUCUAGUCAGGUUGAGGCUAAAGUAGCCAGCAAGAAACUUACAAAUGGGGUUAAUCUGAAGGCGAACCAAACCCUUGCUCAGUGUAUUGAGAAUGGAGCUACAGAUGUCAAUGGGGAGAGAUAGUUUAUUUUUCUUUUAAAUGUUCUUAUUCUGGUGCACAAGUAUGGUUGAAAAGUCUUAAUGCAGUUUCAGUGUCAGCCGUAUGCCAUUGUUUUGGCUAAUGUUGUUGAUGAAAAACAUUUAAAAAAAUAAGUGGGCUGUGUCGAUAUGAUUGAUUCACCGACAAUAGAUAUGGUUUUCUUUUCCAUUGUAAAAGAAAUCUAAGUACCACUUUUAUUGCAGGUCAGCAUGACUAAAGUGUCUUCCGGUUGAUUAGUCAAAAUUGUUCCUUGGUGGACCAAAGAGGAUUUGAUCCUUAUGGUCAUGUACCGAUAGCUUCUCUCUGAGGGCGAUGAAUUAGUGUUGAGAGCAUUGGCACCUUUUUUCUAUUGCUAUCACCUCAUUCAUCAUUUAAGGAGUCAAAUACCUUCCUGACUUGGGGAAGAAACAAAAGAUCCACUGCACACCUGUAGAAGGGCAAACCUCGCUAAAUAGUCAAAUUGUGUCAAUAGUGCCAUAAGACUUUUUAAACGUACUCUCAAACAAAAAAAACCCAAUCCCCUCUAAAGAUGCAAAAAUGGAUGUGGAUGUCUGUAAUCAGGUGUGCAUGUGUGAUAUUUAUUUUGGAGUAUAUUCUGUCUUCUUUCAUGUCUUCUUUCUUUUUCUCUACUCAAACCACUGAGCCUAGUGCUCCGCCUUGGAAACGAAUGACCUGUGUCUAGUAUUACUUGGACAUUAAACUCAAACAAGUACAACCACAAUCCCACCCCUUCCCCACCACCACACACAUAAAAACGCUUAUAUCCCACAUCAGCAAAACUGAGAUCUCCCAGGGUUUUUGUAGGUUCAGAGGUUAGAUAUAUAUAUGCUUUUCCUCUCUUACCAAAGAAUCUGGUUUGAUCUCUAGUUCCAGCUUGCUUGCUUGGUCAUUUUUCACACCCCUGAGGUAGGUGUGUCAGGCUACUAGUUUUCUUUUGUUCUCAAAUAGAGCAGAGAUCUUGUAAACACCUUAGCCAUGUGCAGGUUGCAGUUGGUAAAGACAUCUUUACUGUUGAAAUUGAAAGAACUUGCUGAGCAAAAAUAUGGAAACAUAUUUGGGGUCGGGUAUAAAACUAUGGUACAGUACAUGGUUUUUGUAUUAAAAUAGGUGGAUGACCUUAUAAUUUGUUGACCACUUGAAGUUUGUCAUUUUGAAGUUAGGCUCAAAAUGUCUGUUGCUUUGGGUUUUUUUUCUAAGUAUGACAUCUUAGAAAAAGAAGCAUGUUGGAGAAUGUGUUUAAAGUUUUCACAGGCAGAAAGUUCUGUAAAGGGUUGGCAAUUUUUGUCUCGUUCAGUGUUUUCAAAAGUGCCACUUAGCAUGUUUAUAACUUUCAUAUAUAUCAAAUUAGAACCUCCAAUGGCUGUCCAGUUUAGUCAUUUCACCUGGAAAAUAAUCAUCUUUUUGAACAGUUCAACUUUUAAAACAUUUUUUUGCCAUGUAGAUAAUUUUUUAAUUAAGUACAAGAGCAGGUCAUAUGUGAUUGGUUUGAUUUUUACAAAUUAUGUACGUUACGCAAGUUUUACAAAAA